UGUGAAGCAAAGAGACUGAUUGACUUUGAAUCAGAAGGACUCCAACAGUUCAGCCUGUCUUCUUCUCCCAGUCAUUCUUGUACUGAAGAUCAAUGGAUGCUGAAGAAAGCAGCUGUGCAAAUGUGCAUGUGGACUCUUAUACUUACAGGCAACUGAUCACUUUGAUUCAUCAGUUUCUCGAGGAGGAGAAUUUCGAAGAGAGUCUUCAUCUCUUGGAGCACGAAUCACAGAUUUAUUUCAACCUGAGGUAUUUUGGGGACAUAAUUAUCAAUGGUGAGUGGGAGAAGGCAGGAAAUUAUCUUUCUGCAUUUGCAAGGACUGGUGAUAGUUUUUGGUCAUCGAAGAUAUUCCAUAGGAUGCGGGAACAGAAGUGUCUUGAGACAAUGCUCAGAAAUAACCUUGCUGAGGCCGAAACCUUUUUGCAGAAGGAUUUAAGUCUGAUCUCUGCUUCUGCUGCUGACAACUAUGAGGAGUUUACCAGGGUCCAUUUUUCAGAAAGUAUCAGGAAUGAUGAGAAAUUAUCCUGGUACAUUAAGACAGUAUACACAUACACAAGGGCCAAUUUGCAGAGUGAUCUGAAAAAGUUAAUAGAGGAAAAUGAUAUUUUCCAAGACAAACUCUCGCUUCCAAAAUUGAAUGCUUCUGGACUUUUUUCAAUAAUGCGUCUAAUACACCCAUGCCCAGAAAAGGAAACAAGCAUUAAAGUAAAUCAGCUAUUCAUGUUUAAUACGCGUUUAUGCCUUUUAAUUUUUUUUGCCACAAAUGCCCAUUAUUUGAUUAUGUUCCUGAAAAUAAAUUUAGAAUAUCAGACUAUGAACUUCAUGUGCUUUUAUGUUGCCUGGUUCGGUGCUGAGUCUUCUCAUCUGAUACAUGCACAGUAUAUAUGCAAAGAAAUAAUUUACUUAAUUCUUCAGUUUCUUGAUGAAGAAAAGUUCAUGUUGACUCGUCACAAAUUGGAGCAAGAAACAAAGAUGUUUUUCAAUCUUAAUCAUUUUGGGAAAUUAAUUAUUGAUGGAGAAUGGUAUGAGGCAGAGAAGUACCUUUCAGCCUUCACAAAAUUGGAUGACCAGUAUCCAUUACAGAGAAUUUUUAAGAUACAAGAAGGAAGACACCUUGAAGCUUUUGAUGGAAAGAUUGACUAUUUAUCCAACUUAACCGAUGCUUCUUCUGUAAGAGCUGACCUCCUUGAUGGUCGGAAUCGAUUAAUUAGCAAGUAUCCCAUUUUGCAAGAUAAAAUCAAGUUUCCUUGCAUGAAUAAAUCAAGGCUCUUGACAAUAAUCAAGCAGAGUAUGGAUUGGUGGGUCCCCCAUUAUAUAAAAGCAAGGGCUAAUCCUGAUAACGGUACUUUUUCUGUGGAUGCUAUACCUAGAGUAUCUUACCUUUGUUGUGGUCCAUUUGUUCCCAUUAGUUCAUCUAGUUUGGAGACCGGAGAAUCAGGCACGCCAUGGACUUGUGGGUCUAAUGAUGCAAGCUGCACUACUGAUGUGAAUUCCGGGGUCAGCCUGAAGAGAAUAGAUAAAUCUGAAUUCCAAGUUACAAAGAACUGCUCAUGCCAGAAAGAGAUGGAAAUAGGAAGCAACGACCAGAUAAACCAAAAUUGUGGAGUUGGCAUAAAGUCAUCAACUGAGAUAAUAGAGAUCAAUGAACCAUCUCAAUGCUGCAUGCUUGUACUUCCUAAUGAUUCAGUGUUCGCAAGGGUUGCUAGAUUAAAUUUUACGUGUUCAGGGGAUUUCUUAUUGGCCUUAGCCCAAAAUGCUGUGCACAAACUUUGGCUUUUAGAUGAUGACAAAUGCUUGUCAGGAAAGGGAAUAACUGAUAUUCAACCUUCGGUACAUCAAUCUUCGAAUGGGCAAGUCAUGACUAAUCAUGCAAGUGAAAACGAGAAGGACAUUGAUUACUGCUUUGCACUGAAAGAUCAUCAUCUGCUGUCAGCAUCUGGUGGAAGGAUCUCCAGAUAUAAUCUGAAGACAUUUGAGACAGAGGAAACAUUUGCAGUCCCUCCACAUGUGGCUACCUAUUUCAUCUCUCUCUCUCAAGAUGUCUUUGCUAUUGCUUUUGAUGAUUCAAGAAUUUUAAUUUACUGUACCUGCACUAAAAAGCAGGUCAAGGCCGAGCUCCAAGGUCAUCUAAAGACUACAUGUCUUGCUUUUUCUCAAAAUUUAAACGUGCUCGUGUCAUCAGGAGAUGAUGCUCAGUUGUGUGUUUGGGAUGCAGAUGGAUGGAAGAAACUGGCAAGUAAGACUCUGUGCAGUUUGCAUUCGGUGCAGGUGCUGGACCCACCUGUAGUGAAUUACAUUGAAUUCCACAAGGAUCAAAUUCAUUUACUAACUGUCAAUGAAAGGCAGAUAGACGUAUAUGAAGCACCUAUGCUGAAUCACUUUAUGCAGAGUGCUCCACCAGAAUCAGAUCUUCCAAUUACUUACGCCACUUAUUCAUGUGACGGUGAGUCAAUUUUUGCGAGCUUCAAAAGUGGGUGCGUAAAAAUCCUCUCGAGCGAGACACUUGAUGUGAGAUGCAGGAUCACCCUUACUGCAUAUGCGCAACCAAACCCAAGCUUGGAGGUUUAUCCUACUGUUGUGGCAGCACAUCCACUAAAACCUAAUCAAAUUGCUCUUGGGCUUACUGAUGGUAGAGUUGUUCUUCUCGAGCCUCUUGCUUCUGAAGGAGAGUAGAGAAAGGAAGGCCGAAUUUGU